CAGCGAGAAAUUGGACGGAAGCUAAUGCGAUGUGUUUGAAAGGAAAUGGUCAAUUAGAUGGUAAUGCUAGUUUAGAUGAUACGACGAGCAAAUGCAAUGAGAUACUGAUGCGAAUUCCAAAUACUUACGCAUUUUGGCUUGGCAUCCUUAGACAAGUAUUCAAAACUAUAGAUAAAGGGUACCCAACUGAAUUAAAUUCUUUAAAGCAGUGUGAGUUUUUCAACAGACAAAAAAACAUGACGGAGCAAACAAACACAUGCAGGAAGGAAAUGUUCGUUGUUUGUCUAGUAUCCAACAACGCAAGUACUUUUGUUGUACAGAUGGAAGAUCAACCAGCUGUUGAAGAGAGUGGGAGUGAUAAUGACAUUGGUUCCGUGGUGGGUGGGGUGUUCGGAGGACUGUUUCUAAUAGCAAUUUUCCUUCUCCUGACAGUCAUUAUCGUAAGGCGACGUAAAAAAGGAAGACAAGAAGAUCAAAACAACCUGAAGUUUGAAAGUGAAACACCCACAUCCAUCAGUGAAUUAAAGGUUAAUCAAACAAAUGAUAAUGGCUUCAGCAGGUACCCAGAGAUGAAUUGCACAGACACAAAAGAAGAUACAUAUUACAAAAGCCAAGACGAUUAUGAUAUUCUUGGUAAAAGACGAUCAAAAUUAAAAGGAACUCAAUCUGAAAAUAUCUAUAAUCACGCUGGGAGUACCACCAACCAAAAUCAUUAUGCAAGUGCUGCUCAAGUUUCAAAAAGGAUUUCUGGAGAAGACUUGUAUGAUCAUACGAACAAGAGUGAAUAUGGAACUGUGUCAGAGAUAGAAAAUGACAAUAUGUACAGUGAAAGCUGACCAUAAGAGUAGAACUUUAUCACUCUUAGCUUUAACACAGAUCUCCUCAUCAUUUGUUUAAAGCAAAUGUUUACCUGUUUCACUCAUCCAUCCUGAUCAAGACUUGUGCAUAAUUUUAUGGAUGAAUGAACAAAGAAAUUCAUUUCUCACUGAAAUCCAUGUCACGCUGUGCCAUUGAAAAUGAAUCAUUAAAUUGACAAAUAGAGUUAACAGGUUAAAUAUACCUUGAUACUUCACUGAAAAAUUUUUACAAUAACAUAUAUGCCCAAAAUGAUCUACCCUGUUUACAGUAAAUGCUAUAUGUAUUGUUUCAUUUUGCUGUAUAAUAUAUGAAUCUUUUAAAAGUAGGU